AUGCUUUUUGAACCUGAUAUAAUGAAUAGGUAUCAGCAAUUUUCAACCUAUUAAACAUAAAAUGUAAGGGUGAUGGAAAUUCUUAACACUGCACUUUUUGAAAGAGCAUUAUUGGAAGGCUCAUAUGCCUAAAGCUUAGAUCAAUUAGCUAAAAUAUUAGAUCUUACAGAAGAUGGAAUAAUAAAUGAUGACAUAAUAGAUAUAGUCUAAGCUUAUAGAAGUGUAAUUUUAUGUGAAAAAGAAUAAGCUGAAUAUUUAAAGGAAUCUUAUAAAAAUGAUGCUUUGGUUAUAUUAAAAGACUUGCUAGCUAAAUAGUAAGAUGGAUUUUCUAAAAUGGAGUAUUAUUGCAGGCAAUUAGAUAAAUAAUUGAAAUCUAAUGUGAAUAAUUUAUCUAGAAGGGCAAAUCGUUAUAAAUAAAGCAUUAUUGAUUUACCUUAUGCUAAAACAGAUUCUAUUAGGACAGCUUUAGAAUAAGAAAAAUAAUAAAACAGCAUCUUUUUAAGAUAAGCUAUAACAGAUUACAAUUAAACAAUAAGUGAAUACUUUGAAGGAUGUGCUUAAUAAGAGUAGACAGUGAUUUAAUUAGAUAAAUAAAGAAGAGCUGUUUUUAAUGAUAUUCAUAUGAAAUUGCAAGUAUUUCAUGUUUCAACUAUAAAAAAUGUAGAAUAUGCACUUAAAAAAAUGAAUUAAGUAAUUAUGUAUAAAAGAAUAGAAAAUAGAAUCACAAGAAUUAUCAAAACCUAUUUUUAUGUUUAAAAUAGAAGAUUAGACAAGACCAGUUUUAAAUAAAUUUAAUAUAAAUGAUUAUAUGAUGUAAACAGAAAUGGAAAUUAGGAAUUAAUAACCAUCUUUAAAUUUAAAAUCAAAAUAAGCUACAUAAGGUAAUAUGAUAAUUAAAUUUAAGAGAUAAAAUCAUUAUGGUCAUCAAUUAAAAGAACUAUAAAUCGUGAUAGCUCUUACGAUACAGUUUUUAAUUAUUUGAGUUAAUCAAAUUUUGUAGUUAAUGAUUAAUUAUUUUAAAAAUUAGCAGGAUCAAAUGAAGAAUUAGAUUAAUUUUUAGAUUCAUUAAGAGAAUCUAAAUUACCAAUAGAUGCAAAAUCAUAAUUGAUAAAGCUAAACAUUUAUAUGCAAAAUCUUCAUAAAUUAUUAGUAGAUUUAAUACAUUAUGUAAAUGAUUUUAAGACAUUUAGUUAUAUCAUAGAAAUUUAACUGAGUAGACAAUAAAGUUAAUAAAGUAAACAUUAUUAAAAUAUUAAACAUUCCCAGUAUAAGAUGAUUUAAAAGAUUAAAUAACAUUAUAUUAUGAUAACAUAUUGAAAUAACCAUGUUUAAUGGAUGUUGAAUUUUGGAAGAGACACUUUAUAAUUAAACUUCAUGAAUAAUAAUAGGUUGAUUCAUAAAAUGAAGUAAAGAGACAUGAAAUAAUUGCUGAAAUUAAAUUUUAAUCUUCAAAACUCCUUUAACAUAGUAUAAAUGCUAGUGUCAUAAUUCAAGCAGUGUAGAAAUUAGAAUUAGAAUAAGAUGAGAUUGAUUAAAUAAUAAAUCAUAUCAAAAUGAAGGUUGAUGAAAAAUGA